GAAAGAUGGAGGAGCAAAAGCAAAGAAAAACCCCUUUGGUUCCAGAAAAUCUCCUGAAAAAGAGGAAGGCUUAUCAAGCCCUCAAAGCCACUCAGGCAAAGCAGGUACUUUUGGCAAAGAAGGAGCAGAGGAAAGGAAAAGGGCCCAGGUUUAAGCGAUUGGAAUCAUUCCUACAUGAUUCCUGGCGGCAGACACGUGACAAGGUGCGUGUCAGACGACUGGAAGUGAAGCCUCGUGCCUUGGAAUUGCCAGAUAAACAUUCUUUGGCCUUUGUUGUACGCAUUGAAAGGAUUGAUGGUGUGAGUUUACUGGUGCAGAGAACCAUUGCAAGACUUCACCUAAAGAAAAUUUUUAGUGGUGUCUUUGUAAAAGUCACUCCCCAGAACCUAAAGAUGCUGCGUAUAGUGGAACCUUAUAUGACCAGGGGAUUUCCAAAUCUGAAGUCUGUCCGGGAACCCAUUUUGAAACAUGGACAAGCCAGGGUCAAGAAUAAGACCAUCCCUCUGACAGACAACACUGUGAUUGGGGAGCACCUGGGGAAGUUUGGUGUCAUUUGCUUGGAAGACCUCAUUCAUGAAAUUGCCUUCCUGAGGAAGCAUUUCCAGGAGAUCUCAUGCUUCUUGCGCCCUUUCCACCUCUCAGUGGCCAGUCAUCCUGCCAAAAAUAGAGUGGGCUUCCUCAAGGAGAUGGGCACACCUGGCUAUUGGGGUGAACACAUCAAUCAGCUCAUCCACCAGCUGAACUAGAAC